CAAAUCAUACAACCUGUGGCAUGCCGCGAUAUUUUGGUUGUAAAGUUUUCGAAGAGCAUUAAGACCAUCUAUGUAUCACAUCUCAAUUUAUACGCGAUCGGGAUACCUUCGGCAGGAAGUCAAUUGCAUCAUCUGAAUCAACACGUUGCGUCGAUACUG